CCCGGUGGAAGCAUCAUGCCAAGAUGUCCCAUGCUGCUCUCCAACCACAACCAGGGCCACUAUGGACAGCGGUCAGCAGCCUGGACCUUCCUGAGGAAGAUGCUGAUCCUCCUGUGCUUGCUUCUUUUGGACACCUCCCUGACAGCUGUGAGGGGCCAGACCAGAAUUCCUCCAGAAACAGUAAAGCUGUGGGCUGACACCUUCGGCAAGAAUCUGUACGACACGGUGACCAGAUACUCAGGCUCGCUGUUGCUGCAGAAGAAGUACAAGGAUGCAGAAGCCAGUCUGAAGAUCGAAGAGGUGAAUGGCCUAGAGCUGGUGAAGAAGUUCUCAGAGGACAUGGAGACCAUGCUUAGGCGGAAAGUCGAGGCCGUGAAGAGCCUGGUGGAGGCCGCUGAGGAGGCCGACCUGAAUCAUGAGUACAAUGCUUCUCUGGUGUUUAACUACUACAACUCGGUGCUUAUCAAUGAGAAGGACGAGAAUGGCAACUACGUGGAGCUGGGAGCCGAGUUUCUUCUUGAACCUGAUGCACACUUCAGCAACCAGAGGGUGAACGUCUCCCUGAGCAGCGUGCAGCUACCUACCAAUGUGUACAACAAAGACCCAGACAUCUUAAAUGGAGUCUACAUGUCCGAGGCCCUGAACCCUGUGUUUGUGGAGAACUUCCAGAGAGACCCCACACUGACUUGGCAGUAUUUUGGCAGUUCAACUGGGUUCUUCAGGAUCUAUCCAGGCAUCAAGUGGAAGCCGGAUGAAAACGGAGUCAUUGUCUUCGACUGCAGAAACCGUGGCUGGUACAUACAAGCAGCCACCUCUCCCAAGGACAUAGUGAUUCUGGUGGACGUGAGCGGCAGCAUGAAGGGGCUGAGGAUGGCCAUCGCGAAGCACACUAUCACCACCAUUCUGGACACCCUGGGGGAAAAUGACUUCGUGAAUAUCAUUGCGUACAAUGACUACGUCCACUACAUUGAGCCCUGCUUCAAAGGCAUCCUCGUCCAGGCAGACCGAGACAACCGAGAGCAUUUCAAGCAGUUGGUGGAUGAACUGAUGGUCAAAGGUGUGGGUGUUGUGAGCCAGGCCCUAAUCGAGGCUUUCCAGAUCCUGAAUCAGUUUCAAGAGUCCAGACGAGGAAGUCUCUGUAACCAGGCCAUUAUGCUUAUCACCGACGGAGCCGUGGAAGACUAUGAGCCUGUGUUUGAGAAAUAUAACUGGCCAGACCGCAAGGUCCGAGUUUUCACUUACCUCAUCGGAAGAGAAGUGACAUUUGCCGACCGCCUGAAGUGGAUCGCCUGCAACAACAAAGGCUACUACACACAGAUCUCCACACUAGCCGAUGCCCAGGAGAACGUGAUGGAGUACCUGCAUGUGCUCAGCCGUCCCAUGGUCAUCAACCACGAUCAUGACAUCAUCUGGACAGAGGCGUAUAUGGACAGCAGGCUCUUCACCUCAGAGGCACAGAGCCUGGUGCUCCUGACCACGGUGGCCAUGCCAGUCUUCAGCAAAAAGAACGAGACGCGAUCCCAUGGCAUUCUCCUGGGCGUAGUGGGCUCUGACGUGACCCUAAGAGAGCUCAUGAAGCUGGCACCCCGAUACAAGCUUGGGGUACAUGGAUAUGCCUUUUUGAAUACUAACAACGGCUACAUCCUCUUUCAUCCUGACCUCCGACCUUUGUACAGAGACGGCAAGACAGUGAGACCCAAACCCAACUACAACAGCGUGGACCUCUCGGAAGUGGAGUGGGAGGACCAGGCGGAAACCCUGAGAACUGCCAUGAUCAACGGGGAAACGGGUUCACACACCAUGGAUGUGAGAGUGCCGCUGGACAAAGGGAAGCGGGUUCUGUUCCUGACCAAUGACUACUUCUUCACGGACAUCAGCGACACGCCUUUCAGCUUGGGAGUGGUGCUGACCAGAGGCCAUGGGGAAUACGUCCUCCUGGGAAACACGUCUGUGGAGGAAGGCCUGCAUGACUUGCUUCAUCCGGAUCUGACCCUGGCCAGUGACUGGAUCUACUGCAUCACUGAUAUCGACCCAGACCACCGGAAACUCAGUCAGUUGGAAGCUGUGGUCCGCUUCCUGACAGGGAUGGAUCCAGGCCUGGAGUGUGACGAGGAGCUGAUACGGGAGGUGCUGUUUGACGCAGUGGUGACAGCCCCCAUGGAAGCCUACUGGACAGCACUGGCGCUCAACAUCUCUGAAACAACAGAGCCUGGCGUGGAUAUGGCCUUUCUGGGGACCCGGGCUGGUCUCCUAAGACGGAGUUUGUUUGUGGGCUCCGAGAAAAUCUCUGACAGGAAGUUCCUGACACCUGAAGACGAAGCCAGUCUUUUUACCAUGGACCACUUCCCGCUGUGGUAUCGCCAGGCCUCUGAGCAGCCCCCAGGCAGUUUUGUCUUCAAUCUCCGCUGGGAAGAAGGACCAGAUAGCCCAAGCAAGCCAGUGGCUGUAAGGGCCAGCACUGCGGUAACUGUGACGGUGGACGGGAAGACGGCCAUCGCAGCAGCUGUGGGCAUCCAGAUGCAAGUGGACUACCUCCAGCGCCAGUUCUGGGCAGCCAUGAAGCAGUGCGGCACUGAGGAGGGUCCGUGCCUGAAGAGCUGCGAGGACACUGAUCUGGAUUGCUUCCUUAUAGACAACAAUGGCUUCAUUCUGAUCUCCCAGAGACCCCAAGAGAUGGGAAGAUUUCUGGGGGAAGUGGAUGGAGCUCUCAUGGCGCAGCUUCUCAGCAUGGGGGUGUUCAGCCGUGUGACCAUGUAUGACUACCAGGCCAUGUGCGAGCCCCCAGAUCACCGCCACAGUGCAGCCCAGGCCCUGAUCAGUCCUCUCUCUGCCUCCUUGAUGGUGGUCAGGUGGCUACUGCACGAAUGUCUGCUGUUCCUGCUACAGUGGAGUACCUGGGGAUCUUGGCAGGACAAAGGGUCAGAGGCCAAGGCUGUCUUUCAUCAUUCCCACAAGCACAAGAAGCAGGACCUGCUGCACCCCUGUGACACAGAAUACCCAGUGUUCGUGCACCAGACGUCUAUCCAGGAGGCCAAUGGGAUCAUCGAGUGUGAGGCCUGCCAGAAGACAUUCGUGAUGCAACAGAUUCCCAGCAGCAACCUGCUCCUCCUAGUGACAGACCUUACCUGUGACUGCAGCGCCUACUCUCCCAUCCUCCAGGAGGCCACAGAAGUCAAAUAUAAUGCCUCUGUCAAAUGCGACAGGAUGCGCUCCCAGAAGCCCCGGCGGCGCCCAGGAUCCUGCCAUGCCUUCCAUCCAGAGGAGAAUGCUCAGGACUGUGGUGGCGCUUCAGACAUCCCAAUGUCACUCCCUCUGCUCCUGCUACCGCUGUGGGCCUGGCUGCUUCCACCCCAGCUUCUGUGGUGACCCCAUUCUAUCUGACUUUCACAGAAGGGAACCCUUAGAGAGACAUUCUAAAGUCACCAGCUGGUGAGGUCUCAGCUUCUUAGCAGUAAGGUGUCUCCUGGGGCUACCACCAGUCUCUUAGAGACUGUUGGAAGGAUCCCCAAGGCUCUCCAAGGUGUUGGGUACCAGGUACUCCAAGUCUUCUACUCUUAUCUCUGCUUCAGGACUCCCAACAAGAGCUUAAUUGGAGGAAGGAUACAAGUUAACCAAAGAUCAGAAACUGUCAAAGGGGCAGGUGUUUCCCUGAGUUCUGGGGGCCAGGGUUGAGCAGUGAGACCCAGGCAGAGGCUAUGCCAAGAGCACACUUGCCAUCAACACAGGAGUCUUUAGGAAGACGCCUUCAUCCACGACAUAGUACGAGGGAAGGCAGGCAGAGGGAGAGACAAGAAGACUCAGAGAAGGAGCAGGAAGGAGGAAAGAAGUGGAAAUACGAUCCUGUGAGCUAUCAGAAUGCAACCCACUAAGAACUCCAACCUUUUUACACCAAUCAUCUGAAGGAGAGCAGCGAGGGGUAUAUGGGAGCAUCUGGAGGGAGGAAAGGGAAGGGAGACAUAUUGAAAUUAUAAUCUCAAAAAGAAAAGAAGAAAAAGAAAAGCUACCAGGCUGAGACCUGCAACUGCAGCACUGUAUUACAGUGUGGUCCAGAGGAGCUACAAAAGGCAGAGCCAGGUCGGAUCCUCACUAAGGUCAGGGGCACAUACAGUCUCUGAGACCAUGGUGGGCUUUCUGUGGCUCAUGUUCUACAAAAGUUAACUAACCACCUGUCUGGUGAAAGCCCUUGAGGUUAGAAACACAUAUAAUCCUGGCCACCAUGCCUUGGAGUAGGUACAAUUUACCUGCCCUUUUUUGGCACGUGUGAUGCAUGUGACUGUGUAUGUUUGUGGACCUGUUUGUGCACAGAUGCAGAGGCCAGAGGAUGCUGUUGGUCAUCUUCCUCGCCCACUCCCUAACUUAUUUUUUGAGAUAAGGUCUCUCGCUAAACCCGGGGCCCUCCAAUUCAGCCACACUAGGUGGCCAGCAAGUCCUAGGGACCCUUGUUACCACCUCCCCCAGUGCUGGGGUUACAAGCAUGCUCUGCUGUUCCCCCACUGUUUCAAGGAUGACGGGGAAUCUAACUUGGGUCCUUGUACUUCACUAGCUGAGCCUCUCAAGCCCCAUGAUUUUCUGUCUUUUAAAUGAGGAAACUAAUCCCCACAAAGCGGCACACACAUCUUUAGUCCCAGCACUCAAGAGGCAGAGGCAGGCAAAUCUCUUAAUUUAAGGUCAGUCUGGUCUACAAAGUGAGUUCCAGAACACCUAAAGCUACACAGGGAAACCCUGUCUUGAAAUAAAGUAAAAGGGGGGAACUAAAGUUUGCAGAGGGGAAACUGGUUCUAAAUCUUGGCUUUGUGAAGAUCCCGUGGAACAGGCAACGUACCUAGAGCUGCCAAUCCACAGCAGCUGGCACUGGGCAGACUAAGCACUUCCCCCACGCCCCUAAGCAUCUUGCUCCACAGCAUAGAAGGCAGGAAAGAUCAGAGGUGCUGCCCAGCCCAGGUGAGGUACAAACCACUGCAGCUGAGCUUCCUCCUCCAUGCCACCAAGACAGUGUUGCCAGGCAUGGCAGGGUAGGUCUUUCCCAGUGCCUGCCUCCCUGGCUUUGUUGUUAGUGUUGUUACCUCUACUCAGCAGCAUUAAGUCUCAGUGACAAGCACUGCAUGGUCUCUCAAGGGAGCUCCUCUCCCUCAUCCACCCAGGCAAAGCAUUUGAACCAACUUAUCAACUAUUUUGGGCACAGGAUAAAAACAUUAAGUGUAGAAUGCCAGGCGGUUCCUGGCCACGAAUAUGGAGCUCUUGUACCUGGCACUGCUAAAGGACUGUAGGUUUUCAAGCGUCACCAGAAGCAGCUGAAGCAAAGGCAUUCCCGACAGACUGCCACUCUGUCCCUACGAUGCAGAACUCCGUCAAGAUGCUUGCAGGUGGUAGCCUAGCUUUGGUUAAAGAUCCAGUCCUUUGACUUCUGAGGAAAGAAGUUGGUGUCCCUGCCAUUCACUAAGUGGGAUAUGGUGUUCUGGCAUCUUUAUGCGUCACCUUCAAUGGAAGAAGAGCUCAAGGACGCUGUCAGAAGCACAUGCUUUACUAGAACCACCUCAAAUAAAAGGCUUCAACACCAUCUCAUGAUGCUAAAUGAAGUUUGCUUCAGAACUUGGGAGUGGACGCAUCUUAAGGUCAGAAAAGUAUAGGGGUAAGACGGG